UUAUCUCAAUCAUAGCACUUUCGCAUAGUGUAACAAUAACAACAAGAUGAAGAGAAAUAAUGUAAACAACAUGCCAUGUGUUUUUUACGCAAUAUGAGCCUUAUCACUAGGGCUCCAAAUAAUAAACAACGGCAACCAAAAGUCCUUGCCGUACGUAAGACCUUAUUGUCUUAUCUGAUCUAAGACUGGGAAGACGUUACACGGCCACAGUUACCAACAGUAUACGAUCAGGAAUCGAACGAUCAAGUCCAUAGAAGGCAGGAGUGCGAGUUGUGAUUCGAAACGAAACGUAAGCAUGACUGAACUGAAUGCAGAAUUCCGUGGCUACCGCUCACCUUUGAGCACUCGGUAUGCAAGCAAAGAAAUGCAAUUCCUGUUCAGCGAUCAGUACAAGUUUUCCACUUGGCGCAAACUAUGGAUCCUACUGGCGAAAGCAGAAAAGGCGUUGGGAUUGGACAUUACGGACGAGCAGAUUCGAGAGAUGGAAAGACACGUCGAAGACAUCGAUUUCAAGGCAGCUGCGGCUGAGGAAGCCCUCACCCGGCACGACGUGAUGGCACACGUGCAUGUGUUCGCCAAACAGUGUCCCUUGGCCGCUCCCAUCAUCCACCUCGGUGCAACUUCAUGCUUCGUCGGCGAUAACACGGAUCUGCUUGUGUUGAAGGAAGCGCUGGAUCAAUUGCUACCCAAGCUGGUUGGUGUAAUCAAGCAGCUGGCCCAAUUUGCCAUGCAAUAUCGCGAUUUACCCACGCUUGGAUUCACCCAUCUCCAACCGGCCCAGCUAACUACGGUCGGCAAGCGUUGUUCCCUCUGGAUUCAGGAUUUACUGAUGGACGAACGUGCCCUACGCACAUGUCGGGAUAACUUGCGGUUCCGCGGAGUUAAGGGCACGACUGGGACGCAGGCAUCGUUUUUGCAGCUUUUUGCUGGCGAUAGCGCAAAGGUUCGUCAACUCGACCAAACCGUCACAAAACUGGCUGGUUUUGAGCGGUACUAUGCCGUCACCGGGCAAACGUACUCGCGCAAGGUUGAUCUGGAAAUUGUGUCCGCCCUGUCGAGUCUCGGUGCUACCGUGCAUAAGAUGUGUUCCGAUUUGCGUUUGCUUGCCUCACGCAAGGAGCUAGAGGAACCGUUCGAACAGACGCAAAUUGGUAGUUCGGCCAUGCCGUACAAACGUAAUCCGAUGCGCUCCGAACGUUGCUGUGCUUUGGCGCGCCACAUGAUUACCUUGCAAGCGAACGCUGCUAACACGCUGGCCGUACAGUGGCUCGAACGUACGCUUGACGAUUCGGCCAACCGGCGACUAACACUGUCGGAAGCGUUUCUUUCCGCGGACGCUUGCAUGCUGACCCUGCUGAACAUUUCGCAGGGCCUCGUGGUGUAUCCGAAGGUGAUCGAGCGUAACAUCGCCCAGGAGUUACCAUUCAUGUCAACGGAAAACGUCAUCAUGGCGAUGGUGAAGGCAGGCGGUGAUCGUCAGGUUUGUCAUGAAAAGAUUCGCGUUCUCUCGCAUGAGGCCGGUGCACAGGUGAAACAGUAUGGUAAGGAUAAUGAUCUGGUGGACCGUAUCCGGGCCGAUCCGUAUUUUGCACCGAUCCUCGGCCAGCUUGGUAGCAUACUCGAUCCGAAAACGUUCACCGGUCGGGCCGCCGACCAAGUGGUUGAGUUUGUAAACGAAGAAGUAAACCCGAUCGUUGCAAUGUACGGGGACAAGGUCGUCACCAAAUCAACGCAGUUGAAAAUUUGAUUGACGAGUGGAAAGAAGUGGAUUGAUGUUGCAAUAAAGAUUUCUCGUAUUCUUAUUAAGUGUUCGUUCGUGUUCACUUAACUAAUAGAAUUGGACGUACAAGGUCAA